UCUCACACUUAUUGUCAGUGAAAACUUCUCUGGCGAUCGCAUUAAAAUAGUUGAGAAUUUGUGGAAUAUACGCUACGUUGGUCUUCGCAGGUUUGCUUUUUGCUUGAUCAUCGACUAUGUCUUCUUCAAAGAAAAUCGUGUUGAAUAGUUCCGAUGGCGAGACAUUCGAGGUGGAAGAGUCUGUGGCUUUGGAAUCGCAGACCAUCAAGCACAUGAUCGAGGAUGAUUGUGCCAACACCGCCAUCCCUCUUCCUAAUGUUACCAGCAAGAUCUUAGCCAAGGUGAUUGAGUAUUGUAAGCGCCAUGUUGAUGCUGCUGCUAAGACUGACGACAAGGCUUCUGAGGAUGAUCUCAAGAACUUUGAUGCUGACUUCGUCAAAGUUGAUCAGGGCACUCUCUUUGAUCUUAUUCUGGCUGCUAACUAUUUGAACAUAAAGAGCUUGCUUGAUCUCACUUGUCAGGCUGUGGCAGACAUGAUCAAAGGGAAGACUCCGGAGGAGAUCCGCCAGAUUUUUAACAUCAAGAAUGACUACACACCUGAGGAAGAGGAGGAGGUUAGGAGGGAGAAUGCUUGGGCAUUUGAGUGAAGCUGAUGUUUUUAAGUGCCCAUAUUGUUGUGAUAGAGUUGCAAUAUACAUUACUAGAUGCUAUCAACAAUCUUUUAUGCUAGUAGUAAAUAUGUUCCUAAUGUUUAACCUUUAGACUUCGUUGUUUGCUUUCGAGCCUUUGAUUUCGUUCUUCAAUGAAGAUAGUUAAUCCUCUUUCUGCUA